GCCGAGAUCAACUUUCGCGGUUGCACAACAAAACAACUAUCAAGGGACAAAGAACUUGACAGCUGGUUAUAACUCAAAUUAUCAAUAAGUGGUGACGGAUGGUGAGACUGUGGAGGAACCUUUUGUGAACCGCUCAUCUCAUCCUCCUCAGGCCAGAGUGAUGCCACUUCUCAGAAUGAGACCGCUCUCCUGACACAGGGAGGUUACUCCUUCCCCAACUCGGGCUCUGUCCUCUACCUACCUCACCCCUGACUACUUACCUCACCCCAAGUCAACACCCUAGAGCUUGCUUCCUAACCCAUGAACCCUCCCCUCGAAUUACUACCUCAGCACUUUCCUCUAUGUAAACCUGGUGCUCCCAGACCACAGUCUCCACCCUCCUGAGUCUUUCCCCUCACCCUACCCCAAUCCAUUACACCUUCAUCAACCCCUGAGGGGCAUUUAAAAAAGGCAUUACCAGUGCCUACUCCCCGUUGUCAGUAAGGUGAUCUAAGCCUUCCCUCUUAUUACCUCAAACCCUCCUACUGUGUACUGGCACGCAAAGAUGCGCUGGAACUUUGAGUGGCAGAUGUUUGAGUGACGUCCCCACUCUGUCAUGUCAGAGACUGGAGGAGAGGGGUGGGGCCAGAGUGGGAAUCCCACGUCUGUGUUUGCCUAUGAAGGUCAUCAAGGCCCAGAGGAAGGAGGCAUGAAGAAUGAGGGAGAGAUGCGAAAAGGAGAGGAGGAGGGGCAGGGAAAAGAAGAGGAUGAGGAUUACGAUUCGCCUCCAGAGAGGCAGAUCGUGGUGGGCAUCUGCUCCAUGAUGAAGAAGUCCAAGUCCAAGCCCAUGACCCAGAUCAUGGAAAGGCUGUGUAAGUUUGAGUACAUCACCGUGGUCAUCUUCCCCGAGGAGGUCAUCCUCAACGAGCCAGUGGACAAAUGGCCCCUGUGUGACUGCCUCGUCUCCUUCCACUCCAAAGGUACAAACGAACGUUUCCCAUUGGACAAAGCGGUAGAGUACGCCAACCUCAGAAACCCACUUCUCAUCAAUGACCUGAACAUGCAGUACUACAUACAAGACAGGAGGGAGGUGUAUCGUAUCUUGCAGGAGGAGGGGAUUGACCUUCCUCGUUACGCUGUGUUAACCCGAGACCCAGACAGACCUGAAGAAUGUAACCUGGUGGAGGGGGAGGAUCAUGUGGAGGUGAACGGGGAGGUGUUCCCCAAGCCCUUUGUGGAGAAGCCCGUGUGCGCAGAGGACCACAAUGUCUACAUCUACUACCCCACCUCAGCUGGAGGGGGCAGCCAGAGACUCUUCAGAAAGAUAGGGAGCCGCAGCAGUGUGUACUCCCCAGAGAGCUGUGUGAGGAAGACUGGCUCCUACAUAUACGAGGAGUUCAUGCCAACGGACGGCACUGAUGUCAAGGUGUACACAGUGGGUCCUGACUAUGCCCAUGCUGAGGCAAGGAAGUCCCCGGCCCUGGACGGUAAGGUGGAGCGGGACAGUGAGGGGAAGGAGAUCCGCUACCCUGUCAUGCUCUCUGCCAUGGAGAAACUGGUGGCCCGCAAGGUCUGCCUGGCCUUCAAGCAAACGGUGUGUGGCUUCGACCUCUUGAGAGCGAAUGGCCACUCAUUCGUCUGUGACGUCAAUGGCUUCAGCUUUGUGAAGAACUCCAUGAAGUACUAUGACGACUGUGCCAAGGUCUUGGGGAACAUGGUGAUGCGAGAGCUGGCCCCCCAGUUCCACAUCCCCUGGUCCAUCCCCAUGGAGGCCGAGGACAUACCUAUAGUCCCCACCACCUCAGGAACCAUGAUGGAGCUGCGCUGUGUCAUCGCCAUCAUCCGCCACGGAGACCGCACCCCCAAACAGAAAAUGAAGAUGGAAGUCAGACACACUCUAUUCUUUGAGCUGUUUGAGAAGUACGGAGGGUACAAGUCAGGGAAACUGAAGUUGAAGAAGCCCAAACAGCUACAGGAGGUGCUGGACAUUGCCCGGCUCCUACUGGCUGAGUUGGGGCAGCACACGGACUGUGAGAUUGAGGAGAAGAAGGGUAAACUGGAGCAGCUCAAGACUGUCCUGGAGAUGUAUGGGCAUUUCUCAGGCAUCAACAGGAAAGUGCAGCUCACGUACCUGCCCAACGGACAGCCCAAAGCCUCCAGUGAGGAAGAAGAAGGUCCGAAGGAGGGUCCGUCUCUGCUGCUGGUGUUGAAGUGGGGAGGGGAGCUGACCCCGGCAGGCAGAGUACAGGCUGAGGAGCUGGGGAGGGCCUUCCGCUGCAUGUACCCUGGAGGACAAGGGGACUAUGCCGGUUUCCCUGGCUGUGGUCUGCUUCGUUUACACAGUACCUACCGCCACGACCUCAAGAUCUACGCUUCAGACGAAGGCCGUGUACAGAUGACCGCUGCCGCUUUUGCGAAGGGUCUGCUGGCUCUGGAGGGGGAGCUGACUCCCAUCCUGGUGCAGAUGGUGAAGAGUGCCAACAUGAACGGCAUGCUGGACAGCGACAGUGAGUCUCUGACCGACUGCCAGCAGAGGGUGAAGGCACGCCUCCAUGAGAUCAUGCAGAAAGACCAGGACUUCACUGAGGCAGACUACCAAAAGCUGGCCCCUACAGGCAGCCCCUCUUUGGUCAACUCCAUGAAGAUCAUAGGGAACCCAGUGAGGACGUGUGACCAGGUCUACGCCCUCAUCCAGAGACUCACCUCCCAGAUCCGCAAAAGGCUUGAGGACCCCAAAUCUGCAGACCUGCAGCUGUACCACAGUGAGACCCUGGAGCUGAUGCUGCAACGCUGGUCCAAGCUGGAAAGGGACUUCCGGAAUAAGAGCGGCCGCUACGACAUCAGUAAGAUCCCAGACAUCUACGACUGUGUGAAGUACGACACACAGCACAACUCCACGCUGGGCCUGGAGGACACACUGGAGCUGUUCAGGCUGUCCCGUGCCCUGGCCGACAUCGUCAUACCUCAGGAGUAUGGCAUCAAUAAGCCAGAAAAGAUGGACAUUGCACAGGCCUACUGCCUGCCCUUGAUGAAGAAGAUCCAGCUAGACCUGCAGAGGACCCACGAGGACGAGGCCGUCAACAAGCUGCACCCACUGUACUCGCGGGGGGUCAUGUCUCCAGGGCGUCACGUCCGGACCCGCCUCUAUUUCACCAGCGAGAGCCACGUCCACUCGCUGCUCAGCAUCUUCCGCUACGGCGGACUACUGGAUGAGGUGAAGGACCAGCAGUGGAAACAGGCCAUGGAUUACCUCAGUGCCGUCUCUGAACUCAACUACAUGACUCAGAUAGUCAUCAUGCUGUAUGAGGAUAACAACAAGGACCCCGGGUCAGAGGAGCGUUUCCAUGUGGAGCUCCACUUCAGUCCCGGGGUGAAGAGCUGUGAGGACGAGGAGAACGUCCCUCUGGGCUUUGGCUUCCGCCCUGCCUCCGCUGAGAACCAGGAGAAGCAGACCAACCAAGGCAGUCUGGAGGACCUAUCACAGGACGAGCCUGACCGGGCCCUGCCUCUCUCUGAGCUAGUCAGCAUCAGAAGAUCACCCAUGAUCCGCAACCGCAAGACUGGCUCCAUGGAGGUCCUCUCCGAGACCACCUCCGGCUCCUCCUCCAAGGGCGCCUCCUACCGCCUCUUCCCCUCCUGCUCGCGCCAGUCUCCUGAGAUCAAACCGACUGGCCUAGGGUCCCUGUGCUCGGGCCUCUUCAGUGCCUCUGUCCUGGGGGUGUCCUCUAGCGCCCCCAACCUGCGGGACUACGUCCGCACCCACCACCGCAAACCCCCCUUGUCCCCCGGUUUGCCUUUUGGAGAUGAGCUGUUCUCUAUGCCGGCAGUAAAGAGAUUUUCUGUGUCGUUUGCCAGGCAUCCGACUAACGGCUUCGAAGGCUGCUCCAUGGUGCCCUCUAUCUACCCACUGGAGACGCUGCACAACUCGCUUUCCCUCAAGCAGGUGGACGAGUUCCUCAAUGCUGUGUGUGAGGACAGCAGCGACGCCCACGCUAAGACCAUGAAAGCUCUCUCUGUCUUGUUCGACACGUCAAGCCAGGGGUAUGGCCAGGCACACACCUACCCCCCACCAAAGGCCCUCUCCUCCUCAGAAACUCCUGUUCGGCCCCCCACCCACCCACUAUGCUUAAACAGUGCCCCCCCCAGCACAGUGUCCAGUGCAGGGCCCUCCUCCCCCACCUCAGUGAACCCAUCAAAUCCAGCCAUACACUUCAGCUUCAGUGAGUAGUCCGCAACCCCCUCACUGGAUCCCACAGAGGAACCGCAGGACAACCCAACACCUGGACCUUCAGAGGCAGCCAUUAUUAAUCCAUCCAUCCACACUGUGCCCGUCAACCUAUGAGUGCCUUCAAACUCUUGUUCGUAAUCAGUCACAUACAGUGCUGGACCCUGAGGACCGUUCGUCCUAUUUUGUGGACAAAAACAAACCAAAACCCUCAGGCUUUGUCUGUCCAACCAACACUGCCCCAUUUGAGCGACAGCCAGGGGAGCCUAUGGCCAGUGUCCUCGGCAGGGUAUAGACCCGCCUGAGGCUGGAUGCAUCCCUACAGCCCAUCUGUCUGUCCUUGAUUCAGACUGCCUGCUGAUGUGGUUGCUGAACAGAGACAAUGGGAGAAACUAGAUGUUUUUCCAUGCUUCAUCCAUAUCCUAUUCUAUAUGGAACCAUAUAUAUAUAUAUAUAUAUAUAUAUAUAUACACACAAAAUCUGUCUCUGCAGGAGUACCUCUUUUUUCAGAGACGGGAGGCAGGUUCAGAAUAUUCUACACCAAUCAUGGCAGACAUAAUUAUUGGCAUACAGGUAUAGUUGAGCCAGUUGAUCAAAUACAGACUGCUUUCUCAGUUUUGUUGUGUGUCCCUCUUUUUAUAUUCUGUUUUAGGGUGACUGUACUUUACGUGAUUUUGGGGGGGAAAGGUUACAAUACGAUACAACAGGAAUACUGUACACUGAGUAUACAAAACAUUAAGAACACCUGCUCUUUCUAUGACAGCCUGACCAGGUGAAAGCUAUGAUCCCUUAUUGAUGUCACUUAAAUCCACUUUAAUCAGUGUAGAUGAAUGGGAGCAAACAGGUCAAAAAGGGAUUUGUAAACCUUGAGACAAUUGAGACAUGGAUUGUGUGUGUGCCAUUCAGAGGGUGCGCAACUCAAUAUUAGGAAGGUGUUUCUUUCUGGUAUACUCAGUGUAUGUUUCAUAUCAUGUCUACACAGCAUUUUGUCACAAAAUAAUACACAACUCAUAUUUUAUAUACAUAAUUGGUUUUAUGUUUGAGUCCCAUGUGAAAUAUAUUUCAUAUCCUUAUCUCAAACAUACCAAAAAUAUAAACAAUACACGUGUCUCAACACCUUACAUAAAAAUCUGUGGUAAAUAUGUUUUUUACAGUAUUUCAAGGGUAAACCACUCCAGAGGGAAAUAGCUGUACCCUUUAGGCUUCCUCAGUCUGGAUUGGGUCCUCAAACUAUUUUGAACAUUUCUGCUGUCUUGCCAAAGUUAUGUUUUUAAUGUUAAUUUAAACGAUUGUGUAUCAAAUGAUGUAAUACAUAUUAUUUGGGCAUUUGUAUUGUCCCAGUAGGGAUAAAUAAAGUUGAAUUUAAUAUGUAUUUAUGGUUAAAAAAUUACCUUUUUUUAGAAAGAAGGUAUGCAUUGAAUCAUUUAACAAAAACAAUGGUUUUCUUGUACAGUAAUUCUCCAAAUUGUAAAACCAAAAGGUUUCUAAGGAUUCUGAAGAGAACAUGAAUGUCAUUGUAUUUGUAGUUGGUAUGUAGUAGUCUGUAUGCUAUUUCCAGCUCUCAACUGCACUAAUGUCAAACUAGCACUGCUGAAUCUGUAGAACAAAGCUUUAUUUUUCUGUGAGUUUUCUUCAUUGUUUUUCUUGAUAGUAAUGAUUUAUUUAAUGACUGGUGUUUAUAGGUGAAAUUAGGACUGUUUUUCUGUUGUUGUGGUUAUUUACUGUGCCAUGUAAUAUCAGCCAAAGAUACUUGAUGCUGUAUAGAAUCCUCUCCUUAGACGUUGUCUUAUUAAGGUCUAGAAAUAAAACACCAAAAGGUUGUUUUAUUAAAAGUAAUAUUAUCUGAUUUCUGAAGGUUGUGGUUCUUCAUUCGUCUCAGGCAAUAAAAAUCUAUUUUAACAAGUCUAA